AUGGAGUUGAGUAAGAAUCCCGGCCAGCUUUUGUCUAGUAUCGCAACCAAUGAGCGACAUGGAGAGAACUCUCCUUACUUCGAUGGAUGGAAAGCAUAUGAGGAGAACCCUUAUCACCCCAUAAAAAAUAAGGAUGGAGUCAUCCAGAUGGGUCUUGCAGAAAAUCAGAUGUGCUUUGAUUUGAUUGAGGAGUGGAUUAAGAAAAAUCCCAAGGCUUCCAUCUGCACAGCUGAAGGAGUCGACGAGUUCAAGAAUAUUGCCAUUUUUCAGGAUUACCAUGGCUUGCCGGAGUUCAGACAAGCCUUGGCGAGCUUUAUGAGGAGAGUAAGAGGUGGUAGGGUUAGGUUUGAUCCAGACCGCAUAGUCAUGAGCGGUGGAGCUACAGGAGCUAACGAGCUAAUCAUGUUCUGUUUGGCUGAUCCUGGCGAUGCUUUUCUUGUACCCUCACCUUAUUAUCCAGCAUUUGACCGAGACAUGGGGUGGCGAACUGGGGUGCAGAUUCUUCCUGUUGACUGUGAUAGCUCCAAUGGUUUCCUGAUAACAAAAGCAGCAUUAGAAGCAGCAUAUGAGAAGGCCAUUGAAGACAACAUCAAGAUAAAGGGCUUGCUCCUGGCAAAUCCAUCAAACCCUUUGGGAACCCUUUUAGACAGAGAGACAUUAACAAGCCUGGUGAGCUUUGUGAAUGAAAAGAAUAUCCAUUUAGUUUGCGACGAAAUAUAUGCAGCCACAGUCUUCAAAUCUCCAAGUUUCAUAAGCGUUUCUGAGAUCAUAGAAGAGAUGGGAUCUGAAAUAUGCAACCGUGAUCUCAUUCACAUUGUUUAUAGCCUCUCCAAGGACAUGGGCCUCCCCGGCUUUAGGGUGGGCAUAGUUUACUCCUACAAUGAUGCAGUGGUGAGCUGUGGCCGCAAAAUGUCAAGCUUUGGAUUGGUUUCUUCUCAAACUCAACAUCUGCUUGCUUCAAUGCUUUUGGACGAGGAGUUUGUUGGGAACUUUCUCGAGGAGAGUUCGAGGAGGCUAGCGAAGAGGCAUGAAAUGUUCAUAAAGGGACUUGAGCAGGCGGGGAUUACAUGCUUAAAAAGCAAUGCUGGCCUUUUUGUUUGGAUGGAUUUGCGCCGGCUCCUUAAAGAGCAAACAGCGGAGGCUGAGAUUGUGCUGUGGCGCGUAAUCAUCAACGAGGUGAAGCUCAAUGUUUCCCCAGGCUCUUCUUUCCAUUGCACAGAGCCCGGUUGGUUUAGGGUUUGCUUUGCAAAUAUGGACGAUCACACAGUAGACGUUGCACUCAAAAGACUCCAUGCAUUUGUUCGUCAAGAAAAAGCUGGAGGAAAUUAA